CACUUUUCGCCCCAACUAGCCAAUGUAUCACGCAUAUCGCUUCAUUUUUGCGCGUCGUUCUCAACUAAACAAUACAUCUGCACAACACCACCUCUACAAAGAAAAUCAUCUGCAGUCAAAAUCUCCAUUUAGAUCUAAAUAGAAGGCGGCACCUCAGGGCGUCAUCUUGAUCAUGGCAGUGCAAUUCGCAAACGAAGCCUAUCUCGUGGAGGCUCAAUUUACUGGCGCAAUAUGUCCAUCGAUCCAUAACCCAACACCAGACUUCACGCGCCAGUUCAAGUGGUUCGAAAAGCUCUCCUUAGAGUUGCGCCUCGAAAUCUACGAUCUUACCCUUCCAGAAGCUCGUAUUCUUCAAAUCGGACACACCCGAGUCAAAGUCGAGCGCGAUGGCCAGAAGGACAAAUUGCAAGAGGGGAAAGCUUUGAGAAACGCUCGAGAGCCAGACUGCUCUGGUGUCGAGAAAUCUGACUCGAUGUGCGUUGUUGAGUCUCUCAAACCCCCCAGUGAUGGUAGAAAUCUUCCGUGGGUUCUCUUAGCUGUGAACAAAGAGACUCGAGAAUAUGCCCAGAAACGAUACCAUUUGAGCUUUCAAGAGACUUUCAGUGGCGGAGCUGGAAUUUAUGUUGACUUCGAACGAGAUACGCUGCUUUGCGACAGCAGUGUCUCUCUACAAGCGCUUUGCGGUAGUUACACGUUUCAGGGCAGGGAACUCCGUCUUAUGUGGGCCGUUGUUACAGAUGACAUCAUUACUAAUGACAACGUGCAGUUGAUUACGAGGAUAUCUGAGGACACUACGGCCAAGUUUCGAUACCUCGCAGUUAAUGCUCAAUUAAACAACUCGCUCGUUCCGAUCUUGGCGACAUUUCCGAACUUGAAGCAGGUGGAUAUACAUACACCAAAGGACCUCAUGGAUUUCCCAAAGAGGCUGAUUGAUCCAGCACCAAUAUUGAAGGAGUGGAAAGCUUUGAGACUCAGGAUCAUUUCCGAGCAGCAGUCUCCCCUUGAUAGAAGUGACAAACACUUGCAAAUCAAGGAGACCGGGAACGAUAAGAAUGCCAACGAAGAAGAUACGAGUAACGGGGAGAACGGAGAAAAGGAUAGCGAGAGUGAUGGCAAUAAGAAUGAGGGCGGUAAAGUCUCUGAAUAUGGCAAAAGAGUGAGCACAGAAACAUCGGGAAAUUUUCCAGAAGUCAGACUAUGGGCCAGGGAAGAAUUUGAGAGCAAAGUGGAGCUUAAGGGAGCAGCAACUAGUCAGUUCAGAGAUUCGAUUUUUUCGAUUUUGGUGGGGUGAUUUUGAGGGGAUUCAGGGGCGAAAUGGCAAAAAAGAGCACUUUGAUUGGUCAAAAGAGGCGGUGAAAAACUCAAAUCUUAACCCACCACCAUUCUACCGAUUUAAAGCUCCACAAAAACACUAAGA